GAUGAAGUACAUUGAGACAGAGCUAAAGAAGAGAAAAGGGAUUGUGGAACACGAGGAACAGAAAGUCAAGCCGAAGAAUGCAGAGGACUGUCUUUAUGAACUUCCAGAAAAUAUCCGUGUUUCCUCAGCAAAGAAGACUGAGGAGAUGCUUUCCAACCAGAUGUUGAGCGGCAUCCCCGAGGUGGACCUGGGCAUUGAUGCUAAAAUAAAAAAUAUCAUUUCCACGGAGGAUGCCAAGGCCCGUCUGCUGGCAGAGCAGCAGAACAAGAAGAAAGAUAGUGAGACAUCCUUUGUGCCUACCAACAUGGCUGUGAAUUAUGUACAGCACAACAGAUUUUAUCAUGAGGAGCUCAAUGCCCCCAUACGGAGAAACAGAGAAGAGCCCAAAGCCCGGCCCUUAAGAGUGGGUGACACAGAGAAGCCAGAACCUGAGCGGUCCCCUCCUAACCGCAAACGUCCUGCUAACGAGAAGGCCACUGAUGACUACCACUAUGAGAAGUUCAAGAAGAUGAACAGGCGGUACUGAUGUGUGCACAGUGUGAUGUAAAUAGUACCUUCCCUACCCUCCCUCCCAUGAGAAAAGGCUUCCUGGAGAGAAGCCUGCUCAUUUGCUAGCAGACAGUUCCAAAAACAGACUAACAUUUUGAAACAAAACAAUGUGCAGUUUUCCUACUUGGA